ACAGGAUGUGCACGCGGAGAUAACGAGCUGCAGCUCCUCAGAGCAGAAGAGAAAGCUGAAGGUCAGGGGAGAAACCCCGAGAGACCCUUCGGCCCCGAAACAGUUCUGAGACACAACUGCAGCGCAGACGAGAGGACGGUCAGGACGAGGAGGCUGGAGGUCGGUCAGUCUGCAGUACGAACAUCUCAUCCGGGUUUUAAUCCAGAUCUUUGCAGUUCAAAUGCUUCAAACUGGUUCAGCUGGACUGACUUCUACGCUGCGUUCACGUGAGAUCAACCAAUGAGGCACAAACCCAGCUGUGAUGCCUCCGGGACUUUGUUGACGUACAGAACAAUGUGCUGAAAUCUGCUCAAUCAACAGACAGCAGUUCAAACUAAAAACUAACCAAAAAACUGCUUGGACAUGGGUCCGUCCUCGGCGAGUACAGACGGAUAGAGAAAUAAAGAGAUCGAUGAGACGAAGGACACAUGAAGGAAACCUCCGAGAGACUUGAGAAGGAGCCGAGAUGACGCCAGAGGAACCUGAACCGUUCCAGCCCUGCCAGAAAUAACCUUCAGAGGUUCAUCAUGGGAUUGAGCCAAAUCUCAAACGUCACUCCAGACAUCGGCUUGGCAGCGGCGGCGGCGGCAAGCAACCAUCCCAACACCUCCGGCACCUCGCCUGUCCCACCGUCGUCCUGCAGCAUCGAUGAAUCCUACAAGUACGUUUUUCUGCCCGUUUGCUACUCGCUGACCUUCGUCUUCAGCCUCACCCUCAACUCGGUGGUGCUGCUGCGCUCCUGCUGCCACCACAGCGGUUGCUGUGGCGGUGGUGGCGGCGGCGGCAGGCGCUGGAACACCUCGCUGAUCUACAUGGUGAACCUCGCCACCACUGACCUGAUGUACGGCCUGUCGCUGCCCUUCCUGGUGGCGAGCUACGUGCUGAGGGACCGCUGGGUGUUCGGGGAUUUCAUGUGCCGCCUCGUCCGCUUCCUCUUCUACUUCAACCUCUACUGCUCCAUCUUCUUCCUCACCUGCAUCUCCGUGCACAGGUACCUGGGGAUCUGCCACCCCAUGAGGACCAUCACUCUGGAGAGCAAGCGGGUGGUGAAGGCGACCUGCGCGCUGGUGUGGGUGGUGGUCUUCAUCCUCACCUGCCCCAUCUUCAGGUUCGCCCAGACGGGAUACGUGAGGCGAGGCGGCGGCGGCGGUGUCGGGCUUGGAGGGGCGAGUGAAGUCGGGAACAUCACUGGAUCUCAGUUGGAAGACGAGGGCGGGUACAUGAACUGCUGGGACGACGCCAUCGAUAAGGAGUUCGCCGACUACGUCCCGUACGGCAUCGUGCUCCAUCUGCUGGGCUUCUUCGUGCCCUUCGUCAUCAUCGCCUGGUGCUACUCUCAGGUGGUCAGGACAAUAUUUCAAACGCUGCGCUCCCCUCCCAGCUCGAUGGAGGGCGGCGAGGACGGCCCGGUGGGAGACGGGGCGACGGAGGGAGAGCGGGAGAGAACCUCGGUCUCCAUCUCUGGAUCGCAGUACUCGCACUACAUCCGACGGCGGCGGAAAUCCAUCAAAACCAUCGUGACCAUCACGCUGCUGUUCGCGCUCUGCUUCCUGCCCUUCCACGUGACCCGCACGCUCUUCCUGCUCCUGCGGCGGGGGCAGCUUGGCGGCUGCACGUUAAUGAAGACCGUCUCCAUCUGCUACAAGGUCACGCGGCCGCUAGCCUCCUGCAACGCCUGGCUCAACGCCCUCCUGUACUUCCUGACGGGGGAUAAGGGCGCCCCCUGCUGCUGGCCGGCAGAGCCCGCCGUGCGCCGAGACCGCCGGAGCGGCUCCCUCUGGUGGCCGCUGAAGAUCCUGAAGAAAGACGGAGCGGGGGAGGACGACCACGAGGCGGCCGAGAAGAUUGAAAGGGUGGUGCACAUGGAAAACGAGUCAAAGUCCUCGAGGGUCAUCUUCUAGAGCGGGUUUCUUUAGAAAACACUUCAAACUGCGUCUGACGCAUCAGGAAACGUGUCCGUCAGUUAGUCUGAGAAAGAGCAGCACGGCCUGAAGAAGAGAUGUGUGGAGCCUGACAGAACAUUGUAUUCAUAUUUAAAUACACACAAUCCCUCAAAUCCCUAAUUGACUAAAUAAUAAUAAUAACUACGUUUUUGUGUUCUCAUAUUUACAUCGUCCUCCUGUCCUCCAAGAGAAGAUCUGUAAUGAAUCCCCGUAACGUCCUUCCUCUGGUCGCACGCUGAAGUCUGUGACGGCCGGUUAGUGGCAGGAAAACAAUCGAAUAUACUCUGAGAAUAUAGUCUUACGUUUGAGAGAAGUAAUUGUAUUGGUUCCACUACACUCGUACUUUUAGUAACUUCGUAUUUCAAAAUUAUGAUUUUUAAAUAUUUUCUUUAAAGAAAUCACGUGAAAUGUGUUCUUAUGGGGGAUAUUACUCCCCUCCCCCAUUAUUAUUAUUAUUAUUAUUAUUAUUAUUAUUACUACAAAGAGAAGCUAAGGUGUCAGGGGUCCGUUGUUUUAUAACCCCCCCAUACAUUUAUUUUAAACACUGUGGAUGUUUUGACUCGUGUGUUGUCAGACUUCAUCUCUUUGUGUAUUUUGAGGCGUUCGUGUGGAAACAUCUGGAUUAAAGUUUGUUUCCGCUCUUUGUGUGCGACUCAAAUGAUUCAUCACACGAUUCUCUGCAGAGGACGUUUAGUUACAGCUUACUCGUGUAUUUCAUUUAUUAAUAUUGCA